CAUAAGUAGCGACUUUUAUAGCGCGAAAAAAUGUCAAAAAAUUGAUUAGUAAAUCUUAACAAGAAAAAUUAGUUAUUGGUCAUAAUGAAACUUAUAGCAUGUAUAUUUUUAUUAAUUAUUUUUGACAAAAUGGAUUAUAUCGUAUUAUCAUCAAAGAUUAAAAUAAAUCCUACAAAAACAAUAAUUUGGGGGCCCGGCUUGAAGCCUGAUAAAAUUACUAUGCGAGCAAGAUAUUUUUUUGUACAGCUUGUAGACACACAAGGGCAAAACUUAACUGUUUCACCUGGUGCAGGCAUUGUUACUGCUGUAAUACAAGGUCAAACCUGGAACAAACAAUCAUGUCAUAUAUGGACACAAGUUCUUGAUUGUAAAGAUGGUAGUUUUAUUAUCCGUUAUAAACUUCAUAACACUUGUUUGAAUGUGACUUUGUAUAUAAAAGUGAAUGGACAAGAUUUACAAAUUUUUCCAUUAAAAAUUAUAGGUCCUGUAUAUGAGGAAGAAUGUUAUUGUCCAAAUACUAAUUUCAAUGAGUGGUUAAAUACUUAUGAUUGCCCUAGUAAUUACGCACAAAUUACUUCUGAUCUUAGUCCUUUCACAAGCGUUGAUUUUAAUAAAAUACGUAAUCCUUUAAUUAAAAAGUAUGACAAGCCUAACAGUGUUAGUCUUUGUCAUUAUAUUAUAAAAAAUAAUAGAAUUUAUAGGCAAUGCUAUGGACAACAUGUAGGAUUUAAAAUAUUUAUGGAUGCAAUAUUGCUUUCACUUGCACGCAAAGUAAUCCUUCCAGAUGUUGAAUUUUUUGUUAAUUUGGGAGAUUGGCCGCUCGUUCCAAAAGAAGAAGUAGAUUAUCCUAUUUUUUCAUGGUGUGGAUCUAUCGAUACAAAAGAUAUUGUUAUGCCAACAUAUGAUAUUACAGAAUCGUCUUUAGAAGCUAUGGGAAGAGUAAUGCUAGAUAUGUUAUCUGUACAAGGUAAUACAGAUACCCCAUGGGAAAAAAAAAUAGAAAAAUUAUUCUGGCGUGGUCGUGAUGCCUGUAGAGAACGUCUUGAUCUCAUAGACAUUUCCAGGAGACAACCAGACUUAUUCAACGUAUCACUUACUAAUUUCUUUUUCUUUAAAAAUGAGAUAGAGAAAUAUGGUCCUGCACAAAGUCAUAUUUCAUUUUUUCAAUUUUUUAAGCAUAAAUAUCAGUUGAACAUCGAUGGUACAGUAGCAGCAUAUAGAUUCCCAUAUUUACUAGCAGGAGAUUCUUUAGUACUGAAGCAAAAAUCUAAGUAUUAUGAAUUUUUUUAUAAUGAUUUGAUACCUGAAACACACUAUGUACUUGUAAAAAGGGAUUUAUCAGAUUUAGUUGACAAAAUUAAAUGGGCCAAAGAAAAUGAUAGAAUUGCUUUAAACAUUUCAAAAACUGCUAGACAAUUCAUAAGAGAUAAUCUGUUACCACAGCAUGUCUUUUGUUACUACAGUGUACUUCUCCAAGAAUGGAGUAAACGUCUUACUAAUAAGAUCAAGGUUUUAGAUAAUAUGGAGGAAGUUUUACAACCACAGCAUUCCUGCAAAUGUAAUAUUGAUGAUGUAAAUUUAAAGGAUGAACUUUAAUUGUUAAUCAAUGGAUGAAAUCUUUAACUAUGAACUUCACAUUUUUUGAUCAUUAAGUUUAAGACACUAAAUAUAUUUCUUUUAUUUUGUUAUUUUUAUAAACACCAUUUUUACUAUA